AUGGUCGCGGAUAUCCUACAAUCUUUAGCUAACAACGCCGAUGACGCGGAUGGCGUAGCGCAGCUAGUCGUGACGGCACUCGGAUCCGGAGGGCAGCAUUACAUCUGCUGGAAGACUCAUGCGGGUGAAUACAGACAACGAUCCCAUGGCCUCCCAAGGCGUUUGGAGGACUGGUUGUUUCCACUCGAUGGCAGCACCAGAGACUUCGAGACUUUGCAGGUGAUACUCUCCGGAGAAGACACGUUCUGGGCGUCGGAUAGGAAUGGCGAAGUUCGCAGCGAGCCGUCGGGUACCCAGCAGCAAAUGCUCCGAAGAGCUCUAACAUUUAAUGGCGGAAGCCCUUCUGCCAAGGACAAGCGGCGGAUGAGCAGGGCAUGGGAACUUUCAAGAGGCGAUACAGAGCGGCCGCGAUCCAGCACGCUGCCGUCUAUAUCACCAGCAGUAGACCAUCUUCCUGGACCUCAUCUAAAAGCAGACCCGGCGACCCAUAGCCGGUCAUCGUCUGCGGACAAGCUACGCAGAGUUUCCAUUGUACCGAUUGCUUUCCACCAACGGGGACGGUCGUGGGCUACGCGCCCGCGCAGCUUAGUAUACGGGGGCGAGGAUUUAGGGGUGUUGAAAGAACAGCCAAGUCCGCAAGGAGUCAACAACACUCCGCUGACGCCAGUGAAAUCGGCACCUUUGACGAGCGCCAAAGCGCCGGAACAUCGCUGCACAUGCGGCUACCACAAAUAUGGUACCGCAGAGACAAAUAGACCUGAGUCAACUAAAAGUACAAAGCCCCGGUCGACCUACGCGGACGCAAGCGUGCAAACAGACCCUCCGCCCAGCCCCGAAGCGAGCAGCACAGGCGCGUUCAACCCCGGUCAGCAGAGGAAGGCCGAGCACCACCGACGCCGGGAGUCCUCCUACUCCGCAAUCAGCACGGCGGAUUCCUACAACCCGUAUUCUUACCCGAGCAGCAAGCGCUCGAGCUUCGAGACCAUUACGACGCAGCCCGACCCGGGAUACUGUGGUCCGGAUACCGGGGGUAAAUAUACCGGAGGGUGGCAGCAGCCACCACCACCACCACCACAGCAGCAGCAUUGGGAGCAGCUCACGAAUCCCGUGGCGAUGGGUCGAAUGCAGGCUUACUUCCGCUCUUCGACGUACGUGCUUGGGGCCGCUCUUCAGCCCCAAGGGUUAGCUUAGGAGAAAAAGACUGGAAUAUCCGAUUUCCCAGUUCAGCGUAUUGUUCGUUGGGUGUGUAGGUCAGGUGUCUGAGCGCACAAGGAGUGCAGCAAGUUGUGGGUUGUACAUAUAAGGUGUAAUAUCAUCCAUGGGAGCGCAAGGCUUCUUUUAUUCCUGUAUAUUUUUAAUUAUUGGCUAUCUUGGGGCUUUUUAUACGUACCAAGAUAGAUAAAAUUCAGCGACCGGCCAGGUGCUUGGUAUAUUUAUUGCUUUCUUAU